AGGUCUCUGACGCCGAUAGACCCGGAAGAGUGUUACAGUGAGAAGAUAGGGAAGAAUAUAGUUCUCCAUUUAAUUCAUUUCGGACUGAAACUGUUUGAUCACAAAACAACAUCAAACCUUGCUUGAACGUUGUCUUCUAAUCUCAAUUGCGAGAAUGUCGGCGUCAGCUAUAUUUAUUCUCGACGUGAAAGGAAAGGUGUUGAUAUGUCGGAACUAUAUGGGGAACAUGGACAUGGGUGAGAUUGACCACUUUAUGCCUAUCCUGAUGAAGAAGGAGGAGGAUGCAGACGUCUCUCCCUUGCUGACCCAUGGUGCAUCACAUUUCCUGUGGAUCAAGCACAGUAAUUUAUACUUGGUGGCGAUGACAAAGAAGAAUUCCAAUGCUGCUCUGGUGUUUUCUUUCCUCUACAAAAUAGUGGAGGUGUUCAAGGAAUAUUUUAAGGAGUUGGAGGAGGAGAGCAUCCGGGAUAAUUUUGUGACUGUGUAUGAGCUGAUGGAUGAGGUCAUGGACUUUGGUUUCCCCCAGACAACAGACAGCAAGAUCCUACAGGAGUACAUUACACAGCAAGGGCACAAGCUGGAGGUAGGCGCCCCCCGGCCCCCUGCAACAGUCACCAAUGCCGUGUCCUGGAGGUCAGAGGGGAUCAAAUAUAGAAAGAAUGAAGUCUUUAUGGACGUUAUUGAGUCUGUAAAUCUGCUGGUUAGUGCGAACGGCAGUGUGCUACGCAGCGAGAUAGAGGGCGUUAUCAAGCUGAAGGUGGUCCUGUCCGGCAUGCCAGAGCUGAGACUGGGCCUCAACGACAAAGUGCUCUUCGAGAUCACAGGGAGGGAGAAGAGCAAGGCUGUGGAACUGGAGGAUGUGAAGUUCCACCAGUGUGUCCGCCUGUCUCGCUUUCAGAACGACCGCACCAUUUCCUUCAUCCCGCCCGACGGCGAGUCUGAGCUCAUGUCCUACCGGCUCAACACAACGGUGAAACCCCUCUUCUGGAUUGAAUCUGUGAUAGAGAAGUUCUCCCACAGCCGUGUGGAAAUCAAGGUCAAGGCUCGGAGCCAGUUUAAGAACCGGUCGACUGCGAACAACGUGUCCAUCAUGGUACCAGUGCCCAGUGAUGCCGACUCCCCCAAAUUCAAGACCAGCAUGGGCAGUGCCACAUGGGUACCAGAGAAGAACGCUGUGCAGUGGAACAUAAAGUCAUUCCCGGGAGGAAAAGAGUACAUGAUGCGAGCUCACUUUGGGCUUCCCAGUGUGGAGAGUGAUGAAUUGGAGGGGAAACCACCCAUAACAGUCAAAUUUGAGAUCCCCUACUUUACUGUGUCUGGGAUCCAGGUGCGCUACCUGAAAAUCAUUGAGAAGAGUGGUUACCAGGCACUGCCAUGGGUGCGCUACAUCACACAGAGUGGAGAUUACCAGCUACGGACAAACUAAGGGCAAGACUGUGAGACAAAUGAGUCUUUAUGCACUCUGGCACAUUUUUUGGUCCUGAAAUGGAGACACGGUAGAGGACGAAAGGAGAUGGAUCUGCAUCUCACAUGCUGCAGUCUGCGUUCAUGGGACUCCAUUCUGUGCUGGUUCACAAACAACU